ACGCUCCACCAGGAAAGCAACACUCCAAGCACUAACGACAGUUUCAGCCAAUCCGACCAUUAUGUUGUUCAAGAGCAUCCUACCUAUCCUUGCAGCAGCCGCUACAGCUGCUGCACUGCCCCAGCAGAGUGAGGUAGACCAGUGGACCUAUCCUCAAUUUCCUGAGAAUGGCGCGUCCUGUCCCGGAUGGCCAGGCGAGGAACCUACACUUUGGUCAUUUGCCCAACUGAAAGAGCUUGCUGUCGAGGCUAGCAAAUCGCCACCGUACUCUGAUAGUGCUGCAAACCAUGGUGGAAGUUGUGGAUUUUCAGUUGGCAUUCCAAUGCACAUAAUCGGCACCGACAAGGGUAUCGGCAUGAUCAGCGUUGCCGUAGACAAGACUGCGAAAACGAUAAGACUAUGCGGUCUACAAGGAAAAGAUAAUAAUAACGAUGGAUACAACGACAGCUGUGAGGAUCUAUAGCAGAAGAACACUACGACCAAGUAUUUGUGCAGUGAAUCAUGCUCGCUCAGGUUUCCAAGAGUGUAAAUAAUGUGCUUGUACCAAAUCUCCUAGAUCGCAAGCUUUGAUGGGGACAAGGUCCGUCAUCUCAGUUGCCAAAUCCAUUCCCUCUGUACCUACUGCUAUAUAUUUAAAUCCACAAUGCCUCUCAC